GCCUAAUCAUUAAUGCUUCCAUAGCUAACACAUUUUCGCCUUGUUGCGUCUCAAUCAAUUAACCUCGAACCCACUGACAACAAUAUCAGUAACGGAAUAUCUUUGUUCCGAUCCCAGCCAUCAGUCAGGCCUCUCCUGUGAUAUAUCUAUGCCAGUCUGUUAUUGACUCCAAGGAUGUAAAACUGCGGUUUUUCAACCUACUCUUUUUGUAAAAUCCAGUAUAAUGCGUCUUAAAUGUUUCACAGAGCCAUUGCCUGAUGUAUCCCAGAAAAGCCAAGAUUUUGUGGAUUCAUCAUUUUUCAAAAAACACCAACGCCUCCCUUCACCUGCGCAAGUCAGAGCUUUGUCUCAGGAUAUUAAGACAAGUCCGAAGCCGAAGCCUGUAAUUUUUGAAGAUCUGAAUGUUCUUGUUAAGUUUGGUCCUGAUGUAACGGUUGCAGAGGCUCAGAACCUAUGGAUGGUUAAACGAGCCUUUCGCGAUGAGGUUCCAGUGCCUGAGGUCUUUGGCUGGCGGGUUGAUCAAGAAGACUAUGUGUUUAUUUACAUGGAGAUCAUCCAUGGACAGACACUUCAGCAUCUAUGGGAUGAUCUCAAUGCGGCGGACAAAGCCUCGCUUUGUGAUCAGCUAUGCCAGAUUAUGAAAACCUUGCGCCAACUUGAACAAGACCCCCAGGAUCACUACAUCGGAUCCAUAAACCGUCAGCAUCUGCUAGACUAUGUAUUUCAAUCACAACCAAAGCAUGAUCCUUUUCCGAAUAUUAGAGCUUUCAAUGACUGGUUUGCUGGCUUGCCACAAUCUUGGCUACCUAUUUCACAAAGAUAUGACGACCCAUCGAGGUAUUUAUUGCCAGAUGAUGGUGAAAUUAAGUUGACUCAUGGUGACCUUCAUCGGGAAAACAUCGUUGUAUCUUCAACAAGCCCAUCUCGCAUUUUGGCGAUUGUCGAUUGGGAGCAAGCCGGAUGGUAUCCAGACUAUUGGGAAUAUUGCAAAACUCUUUAUACUUGUUGGCUCGAGGAUGAAUGGCGCCGUGACUGGAUUGACAAUUUUUUGUGUCCACGAAUGCAAGAAUUCGAGGCUUUUAUACAAUAUACCAUGGAAAUGGGCUCCGUAUGAAUCGGUGUUAGCAAUCGGUGCUGGCUCCCGAAAAUAUUUUAUGGAAUUAUAUCGGCAUUACAACACAAGGAGAUUCUACGCUCAUCCGGAGGAUACCCAGGAUGCUCGCCACAUAGCGACUGAGAGUGGCAUCGUUCGGUCAUACUGAUAUGACUGACUCGGAAAUACAAGACCGUAACUGUUAACUAAGUUCUCUGUAUAUACACGUAGAAUCAGUGAUCAGGGAUCAUGGUAUGUGUUAUCAUGUACCUAGCAGCAGUACUGAAG